UAUGAUACAGGAAGAAGAGAUGUUUAUGAUAUUUUUACUGUAAUGAAAGUUAAAGUAUUUAUCUUUUCAAAUUAAUUAUAAAGUUAAAAAUAAUUUUAGGCGGCAAUGAAAUUUUGGCAACUUGUUUGUUUUGAAUCAUUACACAGUCAAAUGACACACAUAUGUUUUCAAUUAGCCAAAGCCGAAUGCCAAAAUAAAGCGAUUUAUACGAAGUUAAUUCGUGCAGUUAUACAAAGUUAUGAUAAAUAUUAAGAUUUUGUUUUUCUUGAAAUUAAUAUGAAAUAUUUUAGUUGAUCUUAGUCUCAUAGAAUAUUACUCAUCUGUAUCAAAUAAUAAUAAUCAAACAACAUCUGUUAAAUUGAAAAUUUAUAAAGAUUACUUUGAAAUAUCAUUUAUUCAAGAUACAGAAGAAUUUUAUCAUCUUAAAGCGACUAAUCUUUGUACUGAGGAUUCCUUAACGUAAUAUUUGAAAAAGGUUUACCUUAUUCAUUUUUAUAAAGAUGAUAAAAUAUCAAAUGUUAUUUUUAAUAGGUAACACAAUGGAUUGAUGAAAAAUUACAUCGAAUACAAUCAUAUCCACCUUCAUCAGAAUUAUUACUAUUAGUAAAAAAAAAACUUGAAGAUAUAAUUAUUCAUGAUCGACUUCAAUUAAUCUAUAUUAAAGCAAAAAUACUUUCACAUGAUGAAAACUAUUCAGGCUAUGCUUAA